AUGGCUGCCGAGCCGCCAUCAUCGUCGUCGUGGUCGUCGUCGUCGGGCGUGGCCAGAGCGCUGGCUCACCACCACCAGGCCGUGCUCGGGUUCCUGCUCGGUCUCUUCGUCAGCCUCGUGCUCUACACCACGGUGUCCGGCCAGUUCCGAUCCACGAGUACCAUUGUCGUUCUGCAGUCCACGCCGGCCGAGCGUACCGGGCAAAUUGACAUGACUUCUCCUCCUCCGGUAUCAUCAGUGUCAUCGACUCUUAAUAAUUCUACUCAAGUUGCAAUGCAUGAUGCCAUAGAAUAUGGGCAGACUGACGAGGCAAUCAAGACAACGGGGAAAGAAGAUCUCGAAGACGAGAACGUUGUACAUGCAACCGACAUGAAUAACAAGACUGGUAACGCGCAAACAGAUAAAACAGACCAUUUAGGCCAACCAACAAAUGAUGCUAGUGACAAGGGAUAUCUCACUCGGCAAAACGGCGGCGAUGGGAAUAAUGAAAGCAACGUCAAACAUGGUGCUCCGGGGAAGCCCAUCUGCGACCUGUCCGACCCCAGAUAUGACAUCUGCGAGAUCUCCGGCGACGUCCGUGCCAUCGGUGUCAACCGUACCGUACUAUAUGUCCCGCCUGCCGAAGAGCGCGACAAUGACAGCCAAGAAUGGGCCAUCAAGGACCAGUCCCGCAAGGGACUGGUGGACAUCAUCGAGGUGAAUGUCAAGACCCUGAGCGCCGCUCAGUCCCUCGUGGCGCCAGAGUGCACCUCCUGGCACGCUGUCCCGGCCGUCGUGUUUGCCAUGAAUGGGCUUACAUCCAACCCAUGGCAUGACUUCAGCGACGUCCUUAUCCCGCUCUUCAUCACGACCCGUGCCUACGACGGCGAGGUCCAGUUCCUCGUCACCGAGAUCCAGCCGUGGUUCGUGGACAAGUACCGCCUCAUCCUGACCAACCUGUCACGCUAUGACAUCGUCGACUUCAACAAGGACGCUGGCGUCCGGUGCUACCCGCACAUCACAGUCGGUCUCCGCAGCCACCGCGAUCUUGGCAUCGACCGGGCCCGCACACCGCGCAACUACACAAUGCUGGACUUCCGCCUGUACAUCCGAGACAUCUUCUCGCUCCCACCGGACAGCCAAGGAACCCCGUACAAGGAAGCCAAUAAGAAGAACGACAUCAUCGACGAUGACACGGAGAAACAGAAGCCACGGCUCAUGCUCAUCAACCGUGUCGGGAACAGGAAGUUCGUCAACGUUCCGGAGAUCUCCGCGGCGGUGCAGGCGGCCGGGUUCGAGGUGCUGGUCGAGGAACCGAGCCGUGACCUGAGGCUGGAGGAGUUCUCCCGGGUGGUGGACUCGUGCGACGUGCUGAUGGGCGCGCACGGGGCCGCGCUCACAAGCUUCUUCUUCCUCCGCACCGGCGCGGCCAUGCUGCAGGUGGUGCCAUGGGGCGUGGACACGGCCAUGCGGUACUUCGGCGUGCAGGCCAAGGAGAUGAUGCUGCAAGACGUCGAGUACAACAUCGCCGCCGAGGAGAGCACGCUCUAUGAGAAGUACGGCAAGGACCACCCGAUGAUCAGUGACCCAGAGUCGAUACAUAAGCAGGGGUGGGAGUUGACAAGGCAGUAUUUCUGGCUGGAGCAGGACAUCAGAAUCAACGUCACCAGAUUCGCACCCACCCUACACCAGCUGAUUCAAACGCUCGGGAAUAGAGGAUUGACCCACGGGUAA